AUGUCUAGUAGCACGCCACCAUCCUCGCCAGACGAGAAAAAGCAGACCGAAGAACCCACCAGGCCACCAGCUAAGCGCAGAAAGUUUGCCGCAUCCGGACCGCCUUCCCGCCAUGUCAUGAGGACCCGCUCCAGAGUUAAGAUCUUCCCGAUCAUGGACCUCCCGCCCGAACUGCGCAACAACAUCUACCGCCACGUCUUCAGCGACUCCAUCCCCGAGCCCAUCAAGCUCAAGGCCAUCCGUCUCCCGCCCCUCCUGUCCGUCAGCAACAUCAUCCGCGUCGAAGCGCUCUCCGUCUUCUUCUACGAAGAAACCUUCACCACCACCGUCCGCUCCAACUGGUGCAUCCGCUCCCGCCACUACCACUCCCCGCUCUACCACCGCUACGUAGAAUGCGGCAACGUCGAGCUCCACCCCCUGCUCUGCAGCGGCCAGCACAUACUCCCCAAGCGCGCCAUCCGGUUCCGCAAGCUGGAGUUCCGCGUCACCUGCGUCUGCUGCGACCCGGGCAUCACGAUAGGAGUAGUGGAUCUCGAGGUCGUGGGCCGGACGCCGACGUGGAAGCUGACGAUGUUGAAUACGAAGCAAGCGGAGGCGAAGCUGGCGUUGGAGGGGAUGUGUGUGGAGGUAAAGGAGUUGGUGGAGGAUGUGGCGACGAGGAGGCGGUUUAAUGGGUUUACGGUGCAGGACGUGGUGGAUGUUGGGGACUGCUUUCGGGAUGAUGGGGCGUGA